AUCAGACUGUGAAUGAGUUCAUGGAGUGGCAUCUCCUCCACAACAAGCCUGUUAUGAUCUCGGAGUAUGGAGCUGGGUCCAUUGCUGGUUUCCAUAUGGACCCUUCAUUCACAUGGACUGAAGAAUACCAAGCAGAUUUGAUGGUGGAGAAUUUCAAAGCCUUUGAUACACUCAGAAGCAAAGGUUACUUUUUUGGCGAGAUGAUAUGGAACUUUGCUGACUUUUCCACACCGAUGGAGUACAACCGUCCUGGUGCCUGCAUGAAGGGUCUGUUCACAAGAGCUCGGCAACCCAAGAUGGCCGGUCAUCUGAUGCGCAUGCGGUACUGGUCUCUGGCACAGAACAUUCACAAUGUCACCAUACCCAAAGGGGUUCGCAGUCCGUUGCAUAUCAUAACGUGAUCUGGUGGAGUUUCUACAGGUUGUGUAAAACAUUCCUUAUCAUAAGAGGCACUGGAGUGUUUUGUAAUCACAUUGAUUAAUGGUUUAUAUAUAGAGAGAAGUUGAAUGUUUGUUGUGGAAGUAUAAAUAAAGUGUGUAGUAAUGAAUAGAAGCACAGUUUGUUUAUAUGAUUACUAUUUACCAUAAAAGCUGAUCUUAUGUAAAGAAAUGAUUCUGGAGAUUAUAUAAUGGAGAUAAUAUGUUGAUAGCACACUAGUAUUUUCUUAACAAAGAUGUUUGAAAUAAGUUUUAAGUGAAACUGAUGUGAUAAAUGAAUGAAGUUGUAAUUUGAAAUUGUAUAAGUAAUUGUAAAAUAAAAAAAAUUA